AUGAGUGCUUGCCAAGAAACGCUACUGUCUGAGGGCACGGGAUGUGAACCGAACUCGGAAUGGAACAACAUGUGCCGGACGUGUUUACAGUCUGGCGUAUCUCGUUCCAUCUUCGAGCUGGACGAAAGUUUGCAGCUCUCCUACGCGGAUAAAGUGAUGCAGUGUGUAAAUGUGACCAUCCGUGCGCAGGACGAUCUACCCAAUCGAAUCUGUUCGCAAUGCAUAGAAGAUCUUAAUGUGGCGUACCGGUUUCAGUUGAACUGCCUGGAAGCGAGUGCGUUACUGCACGGGUCGGACACAUUCGAUUGUCUUGAAGAGAAGCAACCCGAUUUAUCGCCGAUCGUUAUGCCGAUAGAAUCUGCUCCGGAAGAUGAGGACCAAAUUGCAAUACAUCUCGAUAGCGGAAUCAUGUACACGUACAAACCACCGGCCGGUUUGAAUGUGAAGUUGACUAGAUCGUUUAUAGGGAGCGAAGAAACCACAGCGAGAAAUGGAAGUGAUACAAUAAUCGAUGAAACUGAUGCAGGCACUCAGGAAGAAGCUGAAAAGUUUGAUACUAAAACAAAGAUGAUGAUCAACACAUUACCAAAUUCGAAACAAGAAUCGAAAAACGAUGAAGUAGAAUACCUGAUCUAUCGAAAAGAUGAUCUGGAUAUCGUGGCAACGACAGCAGGGAAUACUGAAUUGAAGGUAGAAGAAUCCGUUUUUGGAAAACAAACGAAACCAAUGGUGAACCGUAGUGCGUUCAACGAAAAGCGACAUCAUUCCAUGGGAGAGGAAGGUGUGAAAACGUUACAAACCAUCCGCAAAACAAACCGACCGAACGAGAUGAAACCUACGAUUGAAAUGGUAACCUCACAGCCAGCCACAGACGGUACCGGUGUGGAGACGGUAAUACGCAUCAAACGUAACCUUGCCGGUCCUAAACCAUCCUUUCUGUGCAAGAUCUGUAAUGUAACGUACAAACAUAAACAUGCGCUUGAUACGCACAUGCGACGACAUCGGGGUGAUCGACCACACAAGUGUGGAUAUUGUGAAAAAUCGUUUGUCGUCGCGUUCGAGUUGCAGCGUCACGUGCGCAUUCAUACGGGACAAAAACCGUACAAAUGUCAGUACUGUGAUCGAGCGUAUUCGGACUUUGGCAGCAAAACGAAGCAUGAACGUACGCAUACGGGCGAAAGACCGUACGUGUGUGAGUUUUGUGACAAAGCAUUUUCCUACUCUCACGUUCUAAGUAGUCACCGUCUCAUACAUACGGGCGUGAAGAAGUACUGUUGCCCCAUCUGCGGAAAGCGAUUUGCGAAAUCACAUCACUUAAAAUCCCACUGUAACACGCACAGUUCACAAACGCUGAUUGCGACCGGACAAGCGAAGGAUGAUACUGAUGGACUACAAGCAGAAAACAACAGUAUUAAGCAGGAUACAACGCACGUCGUGUAUUCGGAACUGUUGCAGGAUGAGCUAAUAGCAUCGAACGACGAUCAGGUUACAGUGCGCGAGAGCAGCACUCUGCUUGGACAGCAGCAACCGGACGGUGUGGUACUUGUCGAUUCAUAUCCAGACACCGGUAGUGGAUUGCUCACGGUCGAAUGGCCUAUGGUAGUGGAUGGUGAGAAGGGAACGACAGCAUCCGGGGUAACGAUCGCAUCGGAAGAGUUAGAAAGCGUAUCCAUAGUUAACUUUAGCGAUUAUAUGAUAAAAACAGAGGGUCUCGAUGGUUUCAUGGUGGAAGACGAUCCUGUGGACGAAGAACCGUUGGUUGGGCGGCAAUUGAUGGGCCGAUGA